GGAGGAGGAGGAGGAGGAGGGCCCGGUAGUGGUGAACCAAAAAAAGAAAAAGAAGAAGCCCGGAGUCGACGUCAGAAGUUGCUGUUUUCCACAUCUCCGUCAAACAACAGAUAUCAUGGCAGAAGCUCACCAGGCGGUGGCUUUCCAGUUCACGGUGACCCCAGAGGGCAUCGACCUCCAGCUGUCCCAUCAGGCACUGACCCAGAUCUACCUGUCAGGCCUCCGCUCCUGGAGGAAACGCCUCAUCAGACUCAAGAACAGUGUGAUAACAGGGGUGUAUCCCGCUAGCCCCUCCUCCUGGCUUUUUGUGGUCAUAGCCAUCCUGGCCACCAUGUACACACGCUCCGAUCCCUCCAUGGGACUAAUAGCCAAAAUCCAGGAGCACUUGCCUGUCAGCCAGUCUAUGAGUACACAGUGCCAGACGGUGGUUUCCGCAGUGCUCUUUAGCACCAUGCUGUGGCUCUCCCUCAUCCUCACCAUGCGGCUGUGCCUGAAGCAGCUGCUCUCGUACCACCGCUGGAUGUUUGAGCAACACGGCAAGAUGUCCAACACCACCAAAGUCUGGGUGGCACUAGUACGGAUAUUUUCAGGCAGACAGCCGCUGCUAUACAGCUACCAGGGCUCCCUUCCCAACCUGCCUGUACCCACCAUAAAGGACACAGUCAAGAGGUAUUUGGAGUCUGUGCGUCCGCUGAUGGACUCCAGCAAGUUUGACCGUAUGAAGGUUCUGGCUGCUGAGUUUGAGAGCAACCUGGGUAACAGACUGCAAUGGUACCUCAAACUCAAAGCCCUCUGGGCCUCAAACUAUGUCAGUGAUUGGUGGGAGGAAUAUGUCUACCUGCGUGGGCGGAGCCCCAUUAUGGUCAACAGCAACUAUUAUGGCAUGGACUAUCUCUAUGUGACCCCCACCCCCAUCCAGGCAGCACGGGCAGGGAAUACCAUCCAUGCCUGUCUACUCUACCGGCGCAAACUCAACAGGGAGGAGAUUAAACCUAGUCGUAUCCCAGGUACUGUCAUUCCUCUGUGUGCAGCUCAGUGUGAAAGGAUGUUCAACACCUCACGCACUCCUGGAGAGGAGACUGACACUGUCCAGCACUGGCAGGACAGCGACUAUGUGGCGGUGUACCACAGGGGGCGCUACUUCCGGCUGUGGGUGUACCAGGCAGGCCGGCUCCUUUCUCCCAGGGAAAUAGAGUUUCAGAUCCAGAGGAUCCUAGAUGAUCCUUCUCUUCCCUCCACAGGAGAGGAGAAGCUCGGAGCGCUGACCGCCGGAGACAGGAUUCCAUGGGCCAAGACCAGGAAGGAGUACUUCAGCAGUGGGGUGAACAAGCGCUCGCUGGACUGCAUCGAGAAGGCUGCCUUUUUUGUCACUCUGGACGAUGACGAGCAAGGCAUGAUGGGAGAUGACCCUGGGGGCAGCCUAGACCGCUAUGCAAAGUCCCUGCUGCAUGGAAAAUGUUACGACAGGUGGUUUGACAAGUCCUUCUCCUUUGUCAUCUACAAGAAUGGAAAGAACGGUCUGAAUGCGGAGCAUUCGUGGGCUGACGCACCUGUGGUGGCUCACCUGUGGGAGUAUGUCCUGGCCACAGACAGCUUUCAGCUGGGGUACAAUGAAGAGGGUCACUGUAAAGGGGAGGUGGAUUCUUCUCUGCCACGCCCACAGAAACUCAGCUGGGACAUUCCACCAGAGUGUCAGGAGGAGGUGUCCCGCUCUCUGGCAGUGGCUCAGGCUCUCGCUGACGACGUGGAUUUUCAUGUUUUCUCCUUCCGAGAGUUUGGAAAGGGGAAGAUCAAGAAAUGUCGGAUCAGCCCCGACGCCUUCAUCCAACUGGCACUGCAGCUGGCCUACUAUAGAGACCGGGGGACGUUCUGUCUUACCUAUGAGGCGUCCAUGACCCGCCUGUUCAAAGAGGGUCGGACCGAGACCGUCCGCUCCUGCACCAAUGAGAGCUGUGCCUUCAUCAAGGCGCUGGAUGGAGGAGAGGAGGCGGAUGUGUGCAGGCGUUUGUUACGUGGUGCCUCAGAGAAGCACCAGAGCCUCUACCGUAUGGCCAUGACCGGAGCCGGUAUCGACCGACACCUCUUCUGCCUCUACGUUGUGUCAAAGUACCUGGGAGUGGAUUCGCCUUUCCUCAAAGAGGUGCUUUCAGAGCCGUGGCGUCUAUCCACCAGUCAGACUCCUGUUCAGCAGGCGGAGCUGUUUGACCUGGUCAACCACCCAGAAUACAUCUCCUGUGGAGGGGGCUUUGGUCCGGUGGCUGACGAUGGCUACGGCGUCUCCUACGUCAUCGUGGGAGAAAACAUGAUCAACUUCCACAUCUCCUGCAAACACUCGUGUCCAGAGACUGGUGCCCACAAGUUCGGUGCUCAGAUUAGAAAGGCCCUGCAAGGCCUGCUGCAGCUACUGUACCCCAACCAACCAGAGAACAGCAAGCCAAAGGAGACCUGGCGCCCUCUGCACCCCGACCAAUCAGAGAACAGCAAGGCAGAGGAGAGACGAGACCAUGGCAAGAAAGACCAAUAGAAGUUUACUCAGGAAGGGAAUGUGAUGGCCAGCUGCUGAGCUUGUCUCACCUCGGACUUUUGUAAGCAAAGUUGCAAGAAAACAUUAAAUCAGUUUUUAUGAAAAAG